AUGGAUAAUCACCACAAAAACCACUGUUUUCUUCUGUUUCUCUUAAUUCUUCUGUUGGCUUCUUCAAACUGCCAUUCAUGGAGUUGGUUUUCUUCUUCUUCUUCUUCUUCCGAAGAGACUCAUAAUGAUGAGUACUCGGCUUCUAUGGUCUCUGAAUUCUCCAUAGAAGCAUUCAAUGACCAGAGAGGAAUCGGGCGGGUCGAGAACGCAAAGAAUAAUAUGGUCAGCCUGAGUUCUUGCUGGCAAAAUGCUUAUCAGCAUCUCUUUGCCGGGUGCUCGGAGAGCUUGGCCGUCCACGAGAAACGGUCCAGGUUCGCUUGGCAUCUCAGCGAUUGCUUUCAAAAGGACUCCGGCAGGCCUUCUUUUCCUUUCUGUGAUCCGAAAACUGCCAUGGCUAAGUGCCUGAAAAGUUUGAAUGAGUAUGAGCAUAAGGUUUACCUCGAAUUCUACCUCGAAACGAAUACAAUCUGUCAUCAGUUACAGAUUCAUGCUUUCAAACAAGAAACUGAGAGACUAGUGAAUGAACUGAAGAUUUCAGCCAAUUACGCGGAAGAAAAAUUGGAAACCAUUGAAGAGAGAACAGAACAUCUUUUGCAGGGCUCAAAUCAGAUACACGAUUCUCUGAAUUCGAUAGAUAUACGAACACAACAAGUUGCUCAAACAGCAAGGAAUGUAGGAGAUCAUAUUGAUGUUGUGUUGAAGCAUUCGGAGGCAGUCUACGUGCAGUCUAGGAAGAUAGCAUCUACACAAGCAGAGCUUCAAGAAGGGCAAGUAGAAUUGAAGAAUAAUUUAAAAGAAGGAAUGGCAAUGCUUCAGGAUUCUUAUAGUCAUUUGGGACAAGAGAUCGAUAACCUGAAAAAUGAGGCGAUUGAAAUAGAGGAGGAGAUAAGUAGAGUUGGAAAUGCAAUGACAUUAAAGAUGGAACAUCUUCAAAGCAAAGCUGAUGACAUUGGGAAUAUGGCUGGG